AUGUCAGAUGAUAAGAUUAAGCAGUUGUGGUUAAUGGAUAUAGACAAGAUCUUACAUUCCUAUAGUAAAACCUUGAAAGACUAUCCUCCUAUGGUUUUAGCAACUAAAGUUGAUAGUUCUUUAUUAACCGAAAGGGUUAUCAGGGAAGAGCUAAACUUUAACAAGGAUGAGUUAAAGAAAAAUGCUUCAGACAUGUUAGCCAUCACAACACUUGAGCAGAAAUAUGCAUUCGAUAAAAUUGUUACAGCUGUGUAUUGUGAUAAAGGGAUUUUUUUUCCUUUGUGUAUGGUCAUGGGAAGAACGGCAUACUCAAGGUUCAAAAUACCACUGAAUAUAACUGAGGAUUUUGUAUGUAACAUCAAACCUGAUUUUUCUCAAGCAAUACUGCUGUUGAAAGCCAAACUUAUAAUUUGGGAUGAGGCUCCAAUGGUUAGUAGGUACUACUAUGAAGCACUUGAUAAAUGCUUCGGUGAUAUCAUAAGGUUUUCUCCAACAUAUAACAAAAAUUUGCCAUUUGGAGGAAAAGUGGUUGUAUUAGGUGGAGACUUUAGACAAAUGUUUCCUGUCAUUCCACGAGGAUCGAGACAAGAUAUCGUUCAUUCAACCGUGAAUUUGUCUUACCUUUGA